UUACAUGACAGACAUACCUAAAAGCAGGGCUAGACAGUUAGUUAUGCAGCCGUUAAACUGUUUAAGUUUCUUGCUCGGGCUGGCCAUCCUCUCAGCCACCCUUGGGCCCUUUGUUACUAUUGCACAUAGAGAAUUGCUGACGGUAACUGGCAGCAAGAGAGGAGCAGAAAUCAAGCUGGACCUAAGUGUUGACAAAACAAGCACAGAUGAGGAUGUUAGAAGCAAUGUAUUGACAGGACGAAAGCUAGUUUCUGGAGAUGCAGUCACGGAGCAGAAGGAUGCAAAUAAUUCUGGAAGCAAAACAAGCUCAGGAGAAAUUAAGAACUACCCAACUAAUUCACAUGCGCCUUCAAACCUAAAGGAUAGUAGUAGCUCCAGGAUGCAGGCAGGACCAUCCAUGAAAAGAAUGAAACCAGAAGGAAGCACAUCUGUGAUAGUACUCAACAUGCCAAAUCCUCAACAUAUCAGAACAUUGCCAUCAAAGCAUUCUGCCAUGAAUUCAAAUGCAGGCUUCAAACAAAAGUUGAGGGAUUCAAUCGUUCGCAGCACAUUACAUAGAAUAAAUGAGGAUUCAAAGGAGAAAAUGCUAGAGGCCAGUGAUGAGGUUCUGAAAUUUCUUAACAGGGACUACCAUGCCUCUCCCCAUAAGAGGAGACCUGUUCAUAACUAAGGACAAGGAACUUAUGCCAAAUCCUAGUCUUUUAACCUAAGUUAAUGAUCUAGUGGCGAGCCAGUAUGAUCAAGUGAUGUUUCCCGUUCUAAGGAAUAAUAUGCCCCUGUUCAUGAUAACCCAUGGUGUUUUCACUUUUUCCUUUAAAAAAAUCCAGUGUGCAACCUUUCAAACUUUUGAAAUGCAACCUUCAGAGUUAAAAUGGCAUAGAUGCAUAGUCAACCCCACCGAGUAAUGAUCUUAUAAAGAUCACACGUGAAACGUAUUUCAUAAGAACUAGUUCAUGUCAUGACUCAUGAUCUAGAUGGCAGGCUAAAUAAACUAUAAAGCAUGCAAGAAGAAAACAAUUAUCACAAGAA